AUGGAUACUCCUCCAGAGAAGAAGAUCAUUGAAGAGAGACUCGGCCCUGAGGCUGUCCGCUCAUACUCCAUUCACGAAGCUCCACUUGACGCCACCCCAAAGUCAAGAUGGGAACGAAUAUGGCCUGUCAUGGCCUGCGGUGCAGGAUUGUUCUCUGAUGGCUAUCUCAAUGGCGUCAUUGGCUCCGUGAACACCAUGCUCAAGACGAUCUACAAGGACCAGUACACCAAAUCCGAUGCCCAGAACAACGUCGCCUCGAUCGCCUUCGCUGGCACAGUCCUUGGUCAGCUAGUCUUUGGUUAUCUGUCCGACCACUGGUCUCGCCGACACUCUCUCCUGAUCUCCACCAUCAUCCUGAUCGUCUUCGCUGCCCUGGGCGCAGGGUCCUACGGCGCCGGUGGCAGCGUUCAAGGCCUCUUCGCCGCAUUGGCUGCAUAUCGCUUCCUUCUCGGUAUCGGUAUUGGAGGAGAAUACCCAGCCGGCUCGGUCGCCUGCGCCGAGAGCACCGGGGAACUCAAGGAAGGACACCGUAACCGAUGGUUCAUCUGCUUCACCAAUCUGGCCAUCGACGUUGGUUUUGUGGUCGCAGCCUUCGUGCCCAUGAUCCUGGCCCUGAUCUUUGGCGACAACCACCUCCGCGCUGCCUGGCGUAUUUCAUUGGGCCUGGGCAUCAUUCCUCCCUUGUCGCUCCUCUGGCUGCGGAUCAAGCUGCAAGAACCUGAAGAAUACCACCGCAACAAGAUGAACCACUACCCCUACUGGCUGAUUCUCAAGUUCUACUGGUUCCGCCUGAUCAUCGUCGCCCUGAUCUGGUUCAUCUACGACUUCUCCUCGUACUCCUUCAGCAUCUACUCGUCCUCAUGGCUGGCCUUCUUGCUCCCAAGCACCGCACCCCUGUGGAAAUCUUUUGGGUGGAACACGGUCAUCAACUUGUUUUACGUUCCGGGAGCUAUCAUCGGGGCCUUCCUUUCCGACUGGAUCGGCCCCAAGUACUGCCUCAUCACCGGUGUCUUGCUACAGGGCAUCGUCGGCUUUAUCAUGACCGCCAUCUACAAGCACCUCGACCAGGCUUCCCAGGUCGGCGGCUUCGUCGUCAUGUACGGCAUUUUCCUGGCACUGGGCGAGGUCGGCCCCGGCGACAACAUUGGAUUGGUCGCGUCCAAGACCUCGGCCACCCCUGUGCGUGGCAUGUACUACGGCAUUGCCGCCGCCUGUGGCAAGAUCGGCGCCUUCGUCGGCAACUACAUCUUCCCGGACAUCAUCAAGGCCGCGGGCGACAAUGUCAUCAAGCAGGGCCAAUACCCCUUCUACGUAUCCAGCGCCCUGUGCAUAUUCUCCGGUCUUAUCGCCUUCGCCUUCCUGCCCAAUAUCGGCCAGGACACCAUCACCAAGGAGGACGAGCGCUUCCGGGAGUAUCUGAUCAGACAUGGUUAUGAUGUCUCCACCCUUGGCACCAAGAAGUAUCAUGAGGAGAAGGUCGUGGCUCUCGAAAGGGCCCAAGAGAUGUAA